AUGUGGGAAUUCUCUGUUGGUCUGUACUUUAUAAGUCUUUGGCCAAACUCUCUACUUUUUGCUGCUACUUAUGGCGUGGUGGAGUCGGCCUCUACUGCUUUGUUUGGUGUUGUUAUUGGAAGAUGGGUUGAUAGGUCAACAUAUGCUAAGGUCCUCCAGUUUUGGCUGGUGACACAAAAUUUCUCCUUUCUGAUUGCUGGGAGCACAGUGGUAGCAUUACUUGUCUACUCAAACCUGAAGUCACAAAACUUCAUGGCAUUUAUUUUACUUGUCACACUAGUGAAUGUCUCUGGAGCUGUUGGCGUCCUAUCCACUUUGGCGGGAACCAUACUCAUUGAACGGGAAUGGGUGGUGGUUAUCUCACAAGGCAAUUCUCCUGAAAUAUUGACUCAAAUGAAUUCAGUUAUCCGACGAAUUGAUCUUGUCUCCAAGCUUUUUGCUCCAGUAGUCUCGGGUUUCAUCAUCAGUUUCGCUUCACUGAAAGCUUCUGCCGUAACUCUAGCACGUUGGAACAUGGUAUCACUUUGGCUACAGUAUUGGCUUCUAAUUUCUGUGUACAGAGGAAUUCCAGCUUUAAGAGAAAGCAACCAGAGGAGGACGAUGGGGCUUCAAUCAAGCAAUCAGGAAGUAACCUUUCCUGUCGCCGAAGAAAGGGGGCUUUCUGACAAGGGAAGUUGUAUUAACACUGAUGAUGAUAACUCUUCUUCCAGAAGGAAACUCAGUCAGAUUUUGAAGAGCUCUUUUAUUAGUUAGUGGAGGAGAUACCUAGAGCAAGAAGUGCUACUACCAGGUGUUGCUUUGGCAUUGCUAUAUUUUACAGUUUUAAGUUUUGGAACUUUGAUGACAGCAACCCUGAAAUGGGAAGGAAUAGCUGCAUACAUUAUAGGAAUUGCACGUGGAAUUAGUGCAACAAUUGGGAUUGCAGCAACACUUGUUUAUCCUAUCUUACAAUCUAAUAUUUCAACCCUGCGAACUGGGUUGUGGUCUAUAUGGUCUCAGUGGGCCCUCCUGGGCUUGUGCGUCGCCUCGAUAUGGGUCCAAAACAAGUAUGCCGCAGCUUAUAUGCUGAUGAGCGGAGUGGCACUGUCUCGUCUAGGUCUUUGGAUGUUUGACUUAUCAGUCACACAGCUUAUGCAGGGUACUGUUCUGGAAUCUGAUCGUGGAGUAGUUGGCGGAGUACAGAACUCACUCCAGUCGGCUUUGGAUUUAAUGGCCAAUGUCAUGGGAAUAAUUAUUUCCAAUCCUCAGGAUUUCUGGAAAUUGACGAUGUUGUCAUUUGCUGCGGUAACAUCGGCAGCAUUUCUGUACACUUUACACACUUACCGGGUUCGCAAAUAUCUUUUUCAUGUUGAGAACUAGUUGGGUUUGGUCAAGUGGUCCAUUUAAUAAUCCUCGGGUGGUUAGUAGAUGUGAUGUAGUUAGUCCUUUAUUUUCUUUUCAGUGUGUGGAAUUAUAUAAAGCUUGCUUGAUGAGAUUUCAGUUAAUGUUGAGCGAUUAAGACGUAGUGGGAUCCUGACUCUACUUAUUAGUAAUACAGUUCUUAUUUUCGAUCUUC